UGUAUAUAUUAUAAACUUUUGUUUUCGGUGGUGCUCUGUUUUCACUUUCAAGUGCAAUCUUUACCAUCCAACACUUUACGGCCAUUGUAUUAUCGGCUUACUCUCUCCAUUCGGUUUGCAUUGCCGCUUUACUGGCUGCAGUUUGCAUUAUUAGCUGUUUUCUUAUGACUUGUGAGCGCGUCUACUGUAAUAGUGUUGAUUGCUGUUGUUGCUGCUGCACUCCCUUCGUCGAUUUGACUUUAUCGUUCGGUGAUAUCUUAGCCCUUGCCCCUGGAUACUACACCGUAAGGGUCUCCCAUUCCUUGUGACAGCAUCGAACAUGAUCGAAGCUGGUUCGGGGAGUAUGAUUGGGAACAGCCACCUAAUGGAAUCAGUUGCGCUGUGACCAACCCCCACCGCUGACUGCUUCUGUCCAACCAUUGCAUUUCCGGGCGACCGGUGUCACCUCACCUCGUGUGUUCGUACACCAUGAACCCCAAGGAAGCUACCGCGACCCUCAUCGACUACAUGCGCACCACGGGCUUCUUCCAUUUCCAGUGCGGCCCCUGCUGUAAAACCUUCCCGCACAAAUCCCUCCUUGAUCUGCACAACGCCACCCAUACCCCGCCCAUCGAACCGCCCAGCCAGCGCCGAUGUCCAGCCUGUGAUUUCACCGGGAGCGACUUUCAGCAGCUGGCCGAGCAUGCCAUCCAGCACGCACUGCGGCCCGCCGACUGGAUGCGGUGUCCGUUGUGCGGGCAGGAAGUGGGGCGUGUUAUGGAUACUCCCAUGCGACGCCACCUGGAAGUCAAGCACCCCGGUGCGUUGGCGGCCAUCUGGGCGGAUUGGCCGUUCCCCUGCGAACACUGUCCACGGCGGUAUUUUUUCCGGAAGGAACUGGUGCGACAUAUGUGCAAGAUGCACCCGGGCGCCUCCUUACUGUCGGGCCUUGCGGAACCGUGUCCGUACUGCGGAAAACUGCUGACGAAGCUGAAUCGGCAUCUAGGACAGAAUCGCUGCCCAGCCCCGUGGGAUCAGAAGCCGUAUCGCUGUCAACAGUGCCAGACCGGGUACUGCACUCACGGGAGCUUCAUGUGGCACGUUAACAGCGUCCAUGCGGGAGAUGUCGCAGUUGGCUUCGGACAAACGACAGGUCAUCUAUCGGAGGAAGUUCGCACGUUGCCGGCCCAAGUUAGAAAAAUCAAGGAAAGCCUUAAGAAAAAGUUUCGGCAAAAUGCAAAGUCGGCCUCUUCAUUACAAGAAACAUCAACCUUUUCCUCAGAGGAAGUGGACAAGUUUUCUGUUCAGGAGUUAGAAGGAAACACAGACGAUAAAGAUCCGAAUCACGCUCCCGAUGAUCAGGCCCAGACGGACCUAUCAAACGCUGAAAACCCUCCCUUACUUGAAGCAGCUUCCUGGAAUGAACUCCAGUCACUCCCGGUGCGUGCAAUUAAGGAAGAAUUGUUUGGUUGGAUGGAUAACGAUACAUCGGAGCUUCAAAUCAGCCAGCUGUGUCAUACGGGGCUACCGUAUGGAGAAGCGGAUCCUUCUUCGGCUGACUGGAGUUCCGUUUGCCCCGCGGUACACGAUGGCACACAAUUUCGUGAUACGACCCUUUCAUGUGAUCCAGGAGCGGAAAUUGUUGAUGAUGUAAACAAUGCCUUGGUGUCAGCGCCGCCGUCCACUCAACCGGCAACAGAGUGUUUCGCAACGCCUGCAGACACGCCUUCCGCGGGAAACACACCUACCGAGCCUCAGCCUACGGCAUCUAGUUCAGUUCGUUCUUUCAAGCACGCUCGUGUACCUAAACCAAAGAAGAAAUCGUCUGUGAUAAAUAAAGGCAGUCUGAUGGAAGGGGGGGAUGACCACGACGAUGCUAUGGCGGCUGCAGACUGCGAAGAGGCUGGCUACCCUAGACCUUCAAAUCUUUACAGGGUACCAUCGCCAGCAGAGGUCGCGGUGGCCUGUGCUUACAUGAAAGCCACCGGUUAUUUCUAUUACUUCUGUCCCCCGUGUCACAAUACCUUCCCCACGAAGUCCUUACUUGAUCUGCAUAAUACAUUAUGUCAUCCUACCAUGGAUGCCGGUAACACUGACGAACCGACUGAGAAAUGUCCCGAAUGUGAUUGCACCGGUGAGGAGAUGCUCCAGCAUGUCAACCAGCACGCUUAUCGCACGAAAGACUGGGUAUCGUGUAUAAUCUGCGGCACAGCUGUCUGUCAGGAUCGCGGAGCUCUGUAUGCUUCCAUUCGUCGGCAUGUGGAUGAGGAGCACCCGGAAGAGUUCGACGUCAUCUGCGCCGAUUGGGAGCUGCAGUGCAUGGAAGGGGAUUGCCGGGAAAUGUUCUUUGCCAGCGCACAGUUGGUGCGCCAUAUCAGCUGCAUUCAUGACAAAGAACGAUGGGACGAUCAAGCGAUCCCACUGGAGCGCAACGGGCCGAUACCGUGUCAGCAGUGUGGUAAGCUGUUCGUGAACAUGGAGGGUCUGUACACCCAUAUCGGUAUUUGUCAUACGGGUACACCCGCCGACCAAAUGGAAGCACGCAAAAAGCGGAAACAAACCAGGAAAUAUUACGGAUCCAAACACGUCCUAGCGCGUUUGGCCCGCCGCCCGGAAGAGUUUCCACACCACUGCGGAAAAUGCCCGGCCCGGUUCAUGACGGAGAUCGGUCUGCUGAACCACGAUAAAAUGCGGCAUACCGGCGACACCGCGGCUGCGGACGCGGAGGUGCUGCAGGAGAAGUUCCCGUGUUUGCAAUGCCAUCGCCGGUACGACAGCGGCCGGGGCUUGGCGGCUCAUGUCCGGUUGUGGCAUGAAGAGAAGCGGUGUGUGUACUGCGAUGAGACGAUAAAGGAAUACAACUGGCACAUGACGAAGCACAAAGUCGACGGCCAGUUUCCCUGCCCGCAGUGCCCGAAUGUUUUUGACCGGUACAAGGCGCUUCUACGCCACAUGGAGCAGUACCACUGGGCCCGGCAUGUUUGUGUGACCUGUGGACACAUCUGCAAGGGGAAGACGGCGUUCCGAGCGCAUGCUCGCGAGUGCGGUGGAAGUAUUGCGCAGAAGAAUGUCCUCCAGUAUGUAACGGAUGAUACGCCUGCCGAGCGUCAACAUGAUGACGAACUGGUACCGCGGAAAAAACGGGCUGGAGCGAAACGUAAGCGUCAGCGGAUUGUUGGCGCGGCUAUGGAUGAUACCAAGACGGAGCUACAAUUACCAGCAAAAGCCGACGAAGCGGGAGCAAAUGAUGAUUGUGUAGAAUCCAUGGUCUCGACCGGCGAUGUGUCAUUGUUGCGCGGUAUCGACAAGAGCGACUUGGCUGCUCUACCGCACUGCGAUGCGGGGAAUGGCGCUGACGCGGAUGGAAAUCUGACUGCGACUGGAUCCUGUCCCGUUGACCUGCCGGGGAAAUUCCGGUGCGCUCAAUGUAAUCGCAGCUAUGAGAGCGCUUGGGGCUUGGGUGCUCAUGUCCGGUUGAAGCACACCGGGUUGCAGUGUGUGUAUUGCGGGGUGACGCUGACGGAGUACAUCUGGCAUCCGGCGCAGCACAAAAUCGACGGCGUGUUCCCCUGUACGCAGUGUGCGAGGGUUUUUGACCGGUAUGCCGCGGUGAAACGCCAUAUGGACUGCCGCCAUGCCGGCAGGCAUGUCUGUGUGGCGUGUGGACAUGUUUGCCCGGAUAAGGCGGCGUUCGGAGAACAUGCCGGAAAAUGUAUUGGAAGAACUGCGGAAAAGGAUGUCGCAGACCCUGUAAUGGACGUUACGGAUAACACUGAGAUGGAGCUGCACAUACCAAAGGAAACCGACGGCGCAGAAGUAAAUGAUGGUUAUGAGACAUGCGCGAGCCCCUUAAUAACAACCAACAGACUAUCAUUAUUGCUCGGCAUCGACAACCGGGACCCGCCCGUUCUACCUCAGUGCGAUCCGAUAAAUGGCGCUGACGCAGAUGGAGAUUUACCUGCGACUGAAUCCUGCUCCGUUGACUGCGCACUACCAGGUGCGACAUUACCCGAUAAUGGUGAACUGGAGAGCUCUGCACAAUUUACCUCACUACCGUUGGAUGUUGGUCCGUCCGGUAACGACGACAACGACGACGAUGCCGGGUUGUCCUUUGUUUCUUCCCCGGGUGAACCCUUCCCGGCUGGAGAUAACGAUCAGUGCGACUCGCCGGACCCUCUGGGAGCACUGAUCCCGAGUGCUUCCCCGUCGCCGGCAGUGCCCACUGAAAAGUCGUGCGAUACUCUACCUGCAGAAAUUCCCAUUGGAGAUUCAUUAAUGGAAUUGCCCAAUGGCAUGGAGGAGUCCACCGCGUCCAUCAUUGAUUACAUGCGCACCACGGGAGUCUUUCAGUUCCAAUGCGCUCCCUGUCGUAUACACUUCCAGCAUCUCUCUCUGCUGGAUCUUCACAACGCCACCCAUACCCCGCCUACUGAACCCCUUAGUCAGCGCCAAUGUCCAGCCUGUGAUUUCACCGGCAGUGAGUUCCAGCAAUUGGCCAAGCAUGCCAUCCAGCACGCACUGGGCAAAAGCGACUGGGUGGAGUGUCCGUUUUGCGGACAGAAAGUGGGUCGUGUGAAAGAUGACCGCAUGCGGCUGCACCUGGGAACCAAACAUCCCGGCGAGCUGGCGGCCAUCUGGGCAGAUUGGCCGUUCCCUUGCGAACACUGUCCGCGGCGGUAUUUUUCCCGAAAUGGAUUGAUGCGGCAUACGGGAAAGAUGCAUCCGGGCGCCUCCUUACUGUCGGGCCUUACGGAGGCGUGCCCGUACUGCGGAAAAGUGCUGACGAAGCUGCAUCAGCAUCUAGGACAGAAUCGCUGCCGAGCCCCGUGGGAUCGGCUGCCAUAUCGCUGUCAGCAGUGUCAAAGCGGAUUUUGCACUAACGGACAGUUCGUGCACCACGUUGACGCUGUCCAUGCGGGAGAUGUCGCAGGCUGCGGUGAUGCCCAAGAAGAUUUCUGUGCUCUCCCACGCGAAGGCACUGCUCCAGAGACGGCGCUACGUGUGUCUCCUGAUAUUUCCGCUGAUGAUCCGUCGGCUGGUCCAACGUUACGGCGGAGCAAGCGUUUAUCGACACGGCAGCAAUCUGCUGCGUCGAAGCCGGAAUUGCCGAUGCUGACAUUACCAUCUGCAAAAGACCAAUCUCCGAUGAAUGAUUUUGAUAAGCAACCCGAAUUAAUCAGUGCCGUUUCCGAUGACGAGAUGCUCCAAGAUUCCACCUCAGAAUGGGAUGCUGAAUCUGAGAAGUCCGAAUCGGAGGAAUCCGAUGAAGAAGGGAAUCCCCGUGUAAGAGUGGAAAAGUCGAAAGCACGACGGAAGCAGGGUGCGUCGGCCAUUUCGGGGGAUUGCUCAGAGCUAGAGACAAUUAAUAAUGCAAGUAAGGGCCCGCAAAAGUCGGCACAGGAUAAGGCGGACAGGCAUCAGGGCGGACGCCGAAAUAAAGGACCACGCUGCCCAGUUUGCCGCAGUACGUCUUCUAAGAUACGGAUUGAGGAACAUAUCCGUGAGAAACAUCCUGAAACGAUUGCAACGCUUCCACCAUUUAUGAUCUGCCUGUAUCCGGGUUGUGGAGCCGCGUUUCUUACUGAGAGAGGCCUAAAGAACCACAUGGCUAAGGCCCACCCCACCGGUACUCCUUGUAGCACGGUUUCGGAAGCCGAUCGGCAGGCCGCUGCGGCGUACAUUAUCGAAACCGGUUUCCUGCAUUUCCGUUGCACGGUGUGCCAGUUGAAUUUCAGCCGAAAACCCCUGUUCGAUCUCCACAUGCUACAGCACGCCGGUAGUGCCGUAGACUGCAGCGACAAGCGCCAAUGUCCCGCCUGUGAUUACACGGCAGCCCACCUCAAAGAUUUAUCCGACCACGUGGGGACCCACGGAUUCGGCUCCUGCACCCGGCAGCAUUGCAUUCUGUGCGGUCAGUGGAUCAACAACCAAACUGGCGCCCGAUUACGCCCGCACAUGGAUCGCUUCCAUGCGGACGUGAUGCUGCAGCGGAAGCAGCGGCAGCGUUUUCAGUGUGGCGAGUGCCAGAAGACCUUCGACACGGCCCACGCCAGGAACCAGCACGUGCAUUAUGUACAUAAGAGGGCGGGAAUGGUGUGUCUGUACUGCAGCACGAUGAUGCAGGGUAUCAAUCAAUUCAAUAAGCAUGUCACUGAGCACAAGGUAGACAAUGCGUUCCCGUGUCCACAGUGCACUGCCACAUUCAGCACCUACCCGGAGAUACGGGAACACUUUCGCAGCCACGAUGCCAGUCGCACUUGUCUGAUUUGUCGGAAGGUGUGUCGCUCGGCAAAGCGGCUGGAAGGUCAUCUGCGACUGUGUCUGAAGCAGAAAGCGUCGACCCGCCAGCGGGACCAUCCCGCGUUGGACGACGGGGCAGCCAUCGAGUUCCCGUGUUCGGUGUGCAGUAAGCGGCUUAUGGGGAUGCAAAGACUCCACAGCCAUAUGAAAAGGUGUCAUUUUGUGGGCAGCGCCAAGGAGAAGCGGCUGCAGUGGAAGAAGGAGAAAGAGACCAAUGCGCAGCUGAAGGCCUUCUUCCGACCCAAGAGAACCAUGACGUUCGAGGAGUUUAAUCAUCGCUGCGAAGAGUGCCGGAAAGGGUUUCGAUGGCGGGAGAAUCUCCUCAUCCAUAUUGACAAAAAGCACCCGUCUGGAUGAAAAAAGUUUUGAAAUACCUUUUUUAUUUACUUUAACUGUGAGUUUCUGGUUUCGUACUUUAAUAACCUUUGUUAAAUGGAACGCGCUAAUAUGUUACCGAGUUAUUUAUUACGUAAUUCCAUGGUUUAGCUUGAUUUUCUAUUUCAUUACCGCAUGCCAGUGGGUUUUUUUUAAAACAAGGCUUAAC